AUGAGUACGACAGCCAAUACCCGAUGGAACCCCUUCCGACGGCGUGCCUUGAGCACUAUAGCAGAGGAGAUACCCCUAGAAAAUUCGCCCCCGGCAGCACCAAAACCAAAAGUUUGGGAGACGACUGUAGAGAGGGUGGAAAGCUGGCCUGAAGCUGCGAGACCCUUGAAGAAACAAACUUGGUUGGCAGUUUUGUACGGCAUCGGAGAUUUUAUCUUGAUGCUACUACCCGUAUACUUUAUACUUUUGGGAGCUGCCGUCAUCACACUAAAUGGAAAGCCUACCAAAGGAUCAGACCUUGGGAAGAAGGUCGAGUUUGCCAUGAACUUGGGCCCCACUAUUUUUCCCAUCGUAUUCGCAGCGAUCAGUGGCCGAAGCAUGAAGAUGAUAGCCCGAUUCCUUGCUGAAAAAGGCUCCAAGAUUAGUAUUCUAGAGCUGCUCAUGGCUAGCCAGUCAGUCUGGGGAACUGUCGAAAGCCAGAUGAACAUGCAACGCUUGACACUUGUUGGUAUCAAUCUCUUAUUCCUAUGGGCUUUGUCUCCCCUUGGAGGCCAAGCCUCUCUUCGACUCAUGACAAGACAGGACCAUGUCAGCUUUGAUAAUGCCAAGUUGCGAUACAUGACUACCGGUCCAGGUGGAAGCAUGUGGGGCCUAUCCUCCACAUAUGUUGGUAGUGGGAAGUUUGCCGAUGCAGGAGCCCUAUACACUGCAGCCUUGCUAGCGCCCAUGGAUACCAAAAUAGGCCCAAGAGAUCCAUGGGGCAAUGUCAAGAUACCAAAUCUGGAGUAUAUGAAUGGGACUAAGCCAGAUGCUGAAGGUUGGAUCACCGUGCCAGAUAUCCAGCAACCAGAAAUUUACUCUGCACUUGUCGGCCUUCCCAUAGUUGGACUUCCGCAAAAGGGUCAAUCGAACUUCACGAUUGAAUCGACCUAUCUCACAGUAGAGUGUGGCCGGUUCAAUCAAGCACCGUAUCCGGGGAUCGAUAAUAGUACGAAUCGCUUUCGGACUGACUUUGCUAAGUUGGACAAGCUUGUUCCUGGUCAAGUGUGGCGUAACAAGUCUUUGAACAACCCAUUCGAGCCAGUUGAGGGUCAACUCACAUCAUUCUUCAUCGACACAAAUCUUGGAUCACCCUGGGAUCCCCAAGACCCCAUGUAUGGCACACUACUCGGGCGUUUGGAUGCGUUCUUUGGGAACUACAACCAGACUCGACUUGCGAGUAAGCAAGCGCAAGAGGCAAGAGAGAUAUCAUUCACUUCGGUGUAUUCCACGAGCAUAGACAGCUCUGAGUUUGGACUGAACCUGGCGCGCUGUACCCUGGCCCAAAACCACGUCGAGGCAAUGGUCGAGUGCACUGGAAAACAAUGUGCAACCAAGAAGCUACGGAAAUCGCUGUCAGACUUACGACCUUCCAAGUAUACAGCGCUGGAGCACGGCGUCAUCAUGCAAGGUUUUGCACAGCAAUUCCCAGUCGCGGUGGCAUAUAGCGUCGGAUCAAGCCCCACUGAGCGAUAUCUUGCCAACAGUUCGGCCUUCCCGUUCGUACAGAAGGCUGGCCAAUUCACGCAAGACGUGGCUUUCACCAACCUUUCUUUGAUCGAACCACAGCUCUUCUCUCGAAGACUAAGUUCUGCGAUAAACACGUACUAUCAGCUCACCAUGCAACCAACCGGGUAUUUUGGGGGGUUGUCGGGAAAUCUAUCUCUGUAUGGACCGGACACACUCCCUGUUGACGAUGUUAACAAAUACUUGCCGAGCAACUUCUCAGCUACGGACCACUCCUUCUUCGACUGGUGGCCUACCUUCGACUCAGUAGUGCAAAGCAGCGAGUCUCCCUUCAUAGGUGCAACGACUACUGCAAGGACAACGGUCACCCAAGAGAUCUUUGUGGGUGACUCUGCUUGGCUCUCGUUACUUAUGGUUUCUUCGGCCGUCAUUCUUAUCGUUGGAGUCGUAGCAUUGGUGCUCAAGCACCGUACCCUAGGACCCGAGAUGUUCGGUUACGUCUCAAGCAUGACGUAUGAAAACCCAUGGAUAAGAAUCCCUCGUGGUGGGACCAUGCUGGAUGCUAUGGAAAGAGCGAGACUCCUGAGAGACGUCCAGGUGCACAUUGCAGAUGUACGCGGGAACGACGAUAUUGGUCAUAUCGCUUUAGCAGCUGGCGUACCCCUACGCAAACUUGAACGAGGGCGCCUCUACCGUUGAGGCUGAUGUUGCUCGAAACGUUUUGGGCACAUCCGCCCAGCGUAGCAUGUGGCGCAGCACCCCACGGCAAUGCCGUCUAUGGCGCGUUUCCCAAUGCGGAAAUCCACAGCG